AUGGUGAUAAAGAUGAGUUUUGCUGCCAUCUUCAUGCUUCUCUGUGGGUUCACAUCGGUGGCAUCAUACACACCAUCCUACACCAUUGUGGCUCCGAAAAUGAUUAAACCUGGCAUCAAAUAUUUGUUCAGUUUGAUGACGAAGGGAGGUAAGGACGUGGAAUUUGUGCUCGAGGCGAGUAUUCGGGCAGGUUCUGGACCUAUCUUGGUGAAUGGCACGUUCAACCUUAAAACAAAUGUGGCGAAAGUCCUGACAUUGCAAAUCCCAAAUGUUUUACCGGACAGCAGCUACACAUUUUUUGUGAGUGCAUCACAAGGAGUCAACUUCAGCAACAGCAGUCAGCUGGCUGUCAACAGGAAAGUGCAUUCCAUCUUCAUACAGACGGACAAGGUCCUGUACAAACCCGGGCAGAAAAUUUUGUUCAGAGUGAUAGCGAUCAAUCCGGACUUGAAACCUUACAAUGGAAAGAUGAACGUGACCAUAUUCGACACAGCCUCCAAUAAAAUAUUAAAGCUAGUUGAUCAACAGAACGAAAAUGUUUUACCAAAGUUUGAAAUAAAAGUUGAACUCCCGUCAUAUUUCCUUUACAACGUGAACAAACCCUAUCUUCAAAAAAAUCUACAAGUUUCGGUGAUCGCAAAAUACACUUAUGGACAGCCAGUGAAGGGUACAGCAAGAGUUGAAAUCAAGUUAAAACAAUGGUGGUAUUCAGAGCAACAACCAAAAAUUACAAAAUUUGUGCAGUUGAUUGAUGGUAAAGGGGACUUCUCACUGACGGUGAGCGAGUUAAAGACGUUGCUUCUAGUUACCCAACCCUGGUCUACAUUAGAUUGGCAAGUUAUUUCUGUGGAAGCAAAUGUCACUGAAACCGAAACCGGGAUCCUUUUGUCGGGUAAGAAUGACGUCACAUGCAGGACACAAAGAUUCCAGUUAGAAUUUUUAGCUAACACCCCCGAUAACUACAAGCCUGGAUUAAUGUUUUACGGUUAUCUGAGUUUGAAAUUUAUUGACGGCAGUCUUCCUUCUUUGAGUGAUAUUCAGAAUAGUGAUGGGUCAUUCAAAUCUAUAAGCAUCAAGUCAACUACUUCUUACAAUUCUCUCUCUCCAAGAUUUACAAAUCAGGAAAAAGAAAAAAAAUUUACUUCCCCGCUGUUAGAAAAUGGAUAUGCCAUUUUAAUUUUUAAUACAUCAGAAAAAUCUGACAGUUUGAAUUUUGAAGCAUCUUUUAAUGACGAAGAAACUAAUACUUCAGUAAUGGUUUAUAAAUAUGUAACCAAGUUUCAAACAAGGGACAAAGGAGGAAUUCAAAUUACAUUAAAAAGUACUGAAAAUAUAAUCAAGCCAUCCACGAUUUUGCAAUUCCAAGUAAAAACUGUCAACCCGAUCAAAGAUUUCCAGUUUCAGAUUCUGGCUAAGGGUCUCAUUGUUGCUGGAAAUCAAGUGAAAUCUGUUGAUUCACAUACUGAACACACAUUCGCUGUUAGCGUAACUGCUGAGCUGGCCGUCAAGAUGGCUCCUGAAGCGAGAUUUGUGGUCUCCUAUGUUACCCCUGACGGUGAACUGAUUGCUGAUAGCUUAGCAAUCCCUGUAGUUGAUUACUUUGCUAACAAGAUCUCUCUGAGUUUCAGCAAAAAUCAAACAGAACCAGGAGAUGAAAAUGUCUAUUUGAACGUAAAGACGAAAACAAAUUCGUUUGUGGGUCUUUUGGCAGUGGAUCAGUCGGUGCUGCUUCUAAGAUCUGGGAAUGAUAUCACUCAAGACGUGGUGAAAUCGGAACUAUCAACAUACUCGGAAGUGAGUGGUGAUCGUGGUUUUCCCGUUCCUAUGGGCAUCGCGAGGCGAAAGCGAUGCAUUGGGUGCUGGUUGCCCAUCUGGUUGGGAGGCAGUGACACAUCCGCUGUUAUUGAUGUUAGUUGCUGA